AUGGCCCAAUUUUACCUUUUAGUAAAAGUAUACUACUUUCCUUGCUCUGAUUUCUACGAUUUUGAAAGUUAAAUGACUGAGAAAGACAACGAUUACUUGCGAUUUUGACUUGAUUACGUUUUUAUUAGCCUCCUCUUGCUUCUAUCAAGAUCACUGUGGAAUAUAUUCCUUCGUAUGUAUGUAUAUUUUUUCACAAAUAUUUGAAGGAAAAAUUCGUUCAGUUUAUAUUCAUAUUUCAAGCAGGCUGUGACCCAUGUGAAUUAUACCGUUAUCAAAGAAAUUCCCUAUUAAAUACAUUCUAUUGCCACCUACAUUAUCAUUUAAAGUAUGUUUUGAAAAUAUUUCUAAUCUCUGUGCGAUUUGAAAAUGGCUAAUAGAACGGUAAAAGAUGCGAAAUCUAUUAGAGGUACAAAUCCACAGUAUUUAGUAGAAAAAAUAAUUAGAUCUCGAGUGUACGAUUCGAAAUAUUGGAAAGAAGAAUGUUUUGCUCUGACUGCAGAACUUUUAGUAGACAAAGCCAUGGAGUUGAGAUACAUAGGUGGUGUAUAUGGUGGAAAUGUAAAACCAACACCAUUCCUCUGUCUAAUAUUAAAAAUGCUUCAGAUACAACCUGAAAAAGAUAUUAUAGUAGAAUUUAUAAAAAAUGAGGAAUUUAAAUAUGUCCGUGCACUAGGAGCAUUAUAUAUGAGAUUGACAGGAUCUUCUUUAGAUUGUUAUAAAUAUUUGGAACCAUUAUUUAAUGACAAUAGAAAGUUGAGAAGGCAAAAUAAGCAAGGUAAAUUUGAAUUGAUCAAUAUGGAUGAAUUUAUAGAUGAUCUUCUUAGGGAAGAAAGAUGUUGCGAUGUAAUUUUACCAAGAAUACAAAAAAGACAUGUUCUUGAAGAAAAUAAUGAAUUAGAGGCAAAAGUGUCUGCAUUAGAGGAUGAUAUGGAUGAAGGAAUAGAAUCUUCGGAGGAUGAAGAAAUACCUCCAGUCAAAGAGGAUACUCGCAAAAGGACAGAUGAUCAUGACAGGGACAGAGAUCGUCAUAGAGACCGAGAUAAAAGACAUUCACGUUCCGAUAAAAAAUCUGACAGAGAAAAGCAAAGAUCGAGAAGCAGGGACAGAGACAGAGAUAGACGAGAACGUAAACGGAGUAAAUCUCCUAAAAGCCAUUCAUCUUCGCAUAAAGACAAGGAUAGAGAUAAAGACCGGCACAGACGAGACGAUAGAGAUAGGGAAAGAGACCGAGAUCGAGAUCGAAGACGAGAACGUGACAGAGCUAGGCAUUAAAUUAAAACACCAAGGUAUGACAAAUGUUUUACAGGAUAAUUUACUUUUAUAACUAUCAGGUGAAUAAAAAAACAUUAUUGAUACA